AUGGCCUGGCUCCCGACAUUCCUUGUGGAGAAAGAGGCCGGAGGGACACAAUGGGCUCGGUGCGCCGAACCUCUGGAGGUUCAGGGUCGUCAUGUGCGAGAUCUGCUUCCAACACUGAUGCCAUGUGAUGGUGACCUGUCCGGACAAAUGUCGCUGCUCAGAAANCAAGCCAGAUCGGAGGUUCCGUUCCAAUUGGACGAGCUCGGACUGAUCUCGGACGGUCUAAGCGUGGAUUGUUCCGAGGUUGGAUUGACCAGUUUACCAGAUAAAUUACCCACAAACACAAAAGAUUUAAACUUGCGCAAUAACCGUAUUCGAGAGAUCAAAGCCGAUUCUAUUCUGACCCAGCUACCACAUUUACAAACGCUGCUUUUAGAAGGAAAUCGAAUUGAGAAAAUCGAUAAUCUGGCAUUUCGUUCGAAUCGGGAAUUGAGAAAGCUAAUUCUGAGCAACAAUUCUUUGAGUUCCUUCGAUCAUCGCAUACUGAAAGGAUUGAACGAGUUACAAGUUCUGAGUUUGAGUGCCAAUCCGCUCAACUGUGAUUGCCAUUUGAGCUGGCUUCCGGAUUGGCUUCGUGAUCAUGUGAACCAGGUUAUUGCGGGACCGUUGCCUCCCACUUGUGUUGAACCCGAACAACUCGCCGGUACCCCGGUGGCCAGUUUGGCCCGUUAUCAUUUCACCUGUAACAACAAGCCGGAAUCCGCGUGUCAUUUCGGAAACAAGGCGGUCACUGGAUCAGGUCCCAGUUCUCUUCCGUGCUCCGAUUCAACAUCUACAUGUUGUAAUGAACCAAUAGCAUUGUCUCCACCACGAUUCGGCUGUCCAACUGGAUGCACGUGUGAAGCAGAUGGUGUCUAUUGUUCCGAUCUGGGUCUGAUGGAAAUUCCCUUGGCAAUUCCUCCGGAAACCACGCAGUUGUAUCUCGGACGAAAUCAGAUCAAAACUUUGGAUCCGAAUCGAAUAGGACAUUUGAGCAAGCUUCAUACACUAGUUCUCAGCUACAACAAGAUACGCGAACUACCGGAAAAUGUGUUUGAGACACUGAAGAAUUUGAAGACUCUUGUGCUCAGCCACAACGAAAUUCAAUGCAUUCAUCCGAAUGCGUUCAAUGGACUGAACGGUCUUCGUGUAUUGAUUCUACAAGCUAACAACAUUUCCUCUAUCCCUUACGGGACGUUCAAUGGUCUGGUACAGUUGAAUAACAUUGCAUUGGGACAGAAUCCGCUUCAUUGUGAUUGCAACGGUAAAUGGUUGAAUAGCUUUUUCCGCCAGCAGUUCUUGGAUAACGGAAUCGCGCUUUGUCACAGUCCGGACAGUAUGCGAUUCAAAUCAUUGUACCACUCGAAACCCGGAGAUUUUGUCUGUCCUUGGAUCCGGCGAACAGGUCAAAAUCAUUCAGACGACAUGGCUACUGCACUGCUCUUGGAUGACUCUACUGGAGAGAUGGGUACAACCAUCCCCGAAUCAGGUUGGUGGACUGCAAGAUCUGUGGCCCCAGAUGAAGUGGUACGUAUGAGUCCGGAGGAACGGGAAUCAUUGGCUGUGGCUGCAAAAUGUUUACCUUGUAUGCUGAAUCCUUGCGCUAACGGUGGUCAGUGUGUGGCCCAGGGACAGCUGGAGUUUCACUGCACCUGUCCAGCCCCGUAUCACGGUAAACGAUGCCAGCAGGAGCAACAUGCCUGUUCACAGAAUCCCUGUCAAAAUGGUGGCCAAUGCGAGCUCACCUCAUUUCCCAGUGAAUUUAGAUGUACCUGCCCUAAAGGUUUUCAAGGUGAGCGUUGUGAACAGCCGGUAAAGUUCUGUUCACAUAAAUAUUGUGAGAAUGGUGGCACAUGUGAGAUUGUGAAUAACGAAUAUCGAUGUCACUGUGCGCCCGGAUUUCAUGGUGAGUGA